UUUUGGGUGUUGGACGAUAAAUUUUAUACUUUUUUAUUUAUAUUGCUUAAAAAAGUAAUGAAAUGGACCAUAAUAAAACAAAGAAUGCAUCAGAAGGCAUAGCGCCUAUGGGUAUAACAGCCUUAAAUGAAACAGUGCUGAGUGAUCAGCCAGAGUCAAGAUAUGAAUGCCCAGUAUGUCUCAACUGGCUGCGAGACCCUGUUAUCACAACAUGUGGCCAUAAGUUUUGUAAGGGCUGCAUUACUUCAUGGUUACAAAAUAGUGGUCAUUGCCCCAUUGAUAAUAUAAACCUUAGUAUGAAGGUUGAUAUAUUUCCUGACAAUUAUACAAAGAGGGAGAUUCUAGAACAAAGGAUGUCUUGUCCGUUUGCUUCAAAAGGAUGUACAGUAAAAGUGACACCCUUAGACCUAGACGCACACAUAUCCACAUGCGAAUUCAACCAGCCUGAGGCAUCAACGCAACACAAUGUUAAAAUACCCUGUUCAUUCAAAGCUGUUGGUUGCAGUGAAAUGUUUGAUAGCCAGGAAGAUGCCAACACACACAUGCAUAAUGAUGUAUUGAGCCAUAUGAGUUUACUAAUGAAUGCUUAUUCGAAAAUCAAAAUCGACAACGACAUGUCAAACGCAAGCAUGGAUGGAAAAGCGCAAGAGGCUCUCUUGUGGGACCCGCCGGAAAAGGGAAGCGAGGGGACACCUUCCACACCUAUUAAUGAUACGAGUGCGCUUAUAAGAGCCCUCUACGAAAGAGUAGUUGUUUUGGAACAAAGGAACCGUGAACAAGAUAUAGUAAUUGCUAAUAUUUCCAAGCAAUUAUCAGCAUUUGCUGUAGCUAAGAUGAAACAGAACAAUGACAUGCUCCUGCGCUACUGUAUGGGGCAUUAUAUAUGGAAGGUUGAUAACUUUAAAGCAAGAUUGGAUGCUAUGCUCAAGGAUCAUAACAAAAUGUUGUAUAGCCCUGGGUUUUAUACUUCACCAAAUGGAUAUAGAUUCUGCGUCCGUCUCAACAUAUCCCCCCUCAACCCGCUGUGCUUCGCCCUCCACGUGCACCUCAUGAAGACAGAAAACGACGACUAUCUAGACUGGCCUUUCAACGGUCGGAUUUCAUUCGCAAUGAUCAACCAAUAUGACCAUGAAUACACUCAACGAGACACGAUGAUGUCUAAUUCAUCAUUAGUGGCCUUCAGAAAACCAAAUACGGAGAUAUGUGUUCGAGGCUUUGGAUACACGGAAUAUGCUGUGGUCAGUGAUGUAGUGAGAAACGGCUUUGUGAAGGACGAUGUGCUGAUUAUAAAAGUGCAUAUCAAGUGUGUAUGACACGAGGAGUGAUGUUUUUGUUCUAUUUAUUUUGUUUUGUAUUGGGAUUUAUAUUUAUGGUUGUAACUAAUGUUAGGAAGUAGAAAUGUUAUUAGGAUUCUAAUGUCAUAUCUAAAUGCAAUUUUACUAGCUUGUUUUUACAAAUACGAAUAACUUAUUUCUUAGUGCCUUGAGUAAUUGGUGCAGAUACAAAUGUGGUGCAUACAAAAGAACGCAUACGAACAAAAUACAGAUAUUAUAUAUUAUACUAGUUGUUUUUGUCAUAAAAAAAAAUUAAAAAAAAAACUUUUUUUUCAAGAUCGAGUAUAUUUUUACGUAAGUACUUAAUUUCCAAAUAAGUACAAUUCACAAAUAGCUUAUUGGAGGUUAGCUAUCCAAUUUAAAAAUGUGUGUAAAUGAAUAUAACUUUUAUAUAUUUUGAGUUAUCUUAAACAUUCCAAUAUUUUAUAGCAUUCAAUAAAAUGAAAGAUGUGAUGAAGAAUGUGUCAUUUUAGAAUAUUGUGAGACCAAUUUAUCUUUAUAUGAAGUAAUUUACAUUUUACUGUUACUUAAUUAUUUAAUUGAAACUAAGUUAAAAAAUAAUUUUAUAUAUUUCCAAGUCUAUAGAUGUUAAAAUGUUAUGAAAUUCAAUUGUUUAAUUAGAGCUUAAUAUUAUUACCGUCCAUUGUGUAACAUGAUCAGUAUUUAAAUAAUCUCAUUGUAUUUAAGAUUUUAUUGUUAGUUAUUUUAAAUGAGUUAAACAUCAGCUGUAUAAAAAGAAUCUGUUAUUUUGUUAUUUAUAUAUCAAUAAAUCUUUUUAAAGAA